AUGAACCCUUUAUCCAAAGUAUCGUGCUCAGGACCGUUUUUUUCACUCGAAUUUGAUCAAUCUAACGUCUCUUUCCCACUUGAAUUGCAAAUUAUCAAAAUACAAGAUCAAAUCAAGAGAAAGGGUAUAUCUCAAAAGAAAGACCAUCAUAAUAUAAUAGAAAACGAAUCAAAGUCGUAUUUUGCAGAAGAAGUGAACGAAAGUUGUACUGAAGAAUAUAAAAAGAAGGGAGGAACGAUGCCUGGAGCUAUAGUGAUAUUGAAUGGAUAUCCAGCAGUGGGUAAAAGUACCGUGGCACAAGAAUUGACAAAAAUCCUACCAAAUGCUAAGAUUGUCGAUAUCCCUUUACUAGAAGAAAUCGCUUGUGUUCUUGAGGGACCUGCGAGAGAAACAUUGAAGAAAUCUUUACUCGAAACUCUUCUCAUAUCACUUCUCUCUUCCACUCCCACAAAUACGAUCUACUUGAUCCCUUCUACAUUCCUAUCCAUACCUUCCGAUCGUCAACUCAUCAAUCUUUUCCCUUCAUUAUGUUCAGAAAAAUCUUGGCCAGUCAUACAUCUCGUCUUAUCAUGUGAAACUCAAACCAACCUUUCUAGAUUAUCUACUUCUCUUUCACAUAAACCACAUGAUCCCACUCAAAAUGGAAAACAAUCUUCUUCACAUGAUCUCACACAAAAUGGGAAUGGAAGUGGGAAUCAAAGUAAACAUGGAAGAUGGGAAAUGAACGAGAAUUCUUUAAUGGAGUUAAGGAUGGAAGAUGAGAUUUGUCAUUUGAUUAAUUUACGUGGGAAACCUAAAGGUUUAAGUGGAGAAUAUGAAAUUGAUACUACUACUUUGGGACCUAAAGAAGUAAGUGGGAUGGUAGCUGAAUACGUCAUGGACUGUUUGAGGAGAUCAGGAUGGUAUGUUCAAUUGAAAAGACGUUGA